ACGUUACACUCCUUAUAACUCCUUUUGUCUCUAUUCCAAUCCAAUCAUCUCUCUAUAUGAGUGAAGAAGAUAUCAUCAUAUGAUAUGAUGCACAUAUACACAUUCUAGUUUCAACGUUUCCUUCAAGUUCUUACAACAUUUCUAUACUUUUUAUUUCUUUAAAAACAAAAUGAAGGGACCUAUGUUCUGCGCUUCUCAAGCAUCAACAGCCAUAUGUUCAAGCAUGGACCACAUUCACAAACCAACCACCGUCACCGUCGCCGACAAAGAUGACAAAAGCAGCGGCCGAGCUAUCGACCGUCACAACCCCAUUAUUAAAGAUGGGCGGAGAUCCACUGCGGACGACUACAUCAGAAUACCUGCUUCCCCCGCAGACGGAGAGAUCAGUAACAAAGCACUCGAAAACUCCAAGGGAAGGAGGAGCUUCACUGGCCGUACAAGCACUGGCGGUGGAGGUGGAGCGGCGGCGUUGUUGAAGCUCAUAACAAGUGACAUGAGCUUGGCGAGGAAGAGUUUCAGCUGUGUUGCGAGACCCGCAUGUGAUCUUACCAAAACCCCUCCCGGUUCUACAAGGUAUCUUUUGGGAUCCGACCCGGUUUCUCUUACCGGGUCUGCGGGUCAGGAUCCGGUUAAGGCAGUAGCUCCUAGUCCUAAACCUCCUGCUAGUGAAGAGAUAAUGCCGGUGUCGUCAUUGACGGAAGAGAAGACUAGUGGUGAAGGUGGUUCAGACCAGGAGGAGAAGCAGGUUGUUGUUCUCAAAGUGUCUCUCCAUUGCAGAGGUUGUGAAGCAAAAGUUAGGAAACAUCUGUCCAGAAUGCAAGGUGUGACAUCAUUCAACAUAGAUUUUGCUGCAAAGAAAGUGACAGUGACUGGAGACAUCACUCCCUUGGAAAUAUUGGAUAGCAUCUCAAAGGUUAAAAAUGCUCAGUUUUGGACUACUCCAACAGUACUCCCAUUGCCAAAUCUGCAAACUCCAAAGCCUUAAUUUACCUUCUUCUUUUUUACUGUCUUACCUCUCUCUCUCUCUCUCUCUGUUGUUGUCAAAAUCAGUCGGUAAAGUCUCAGAAUUUACCGCACCUAUCUUCCAAUAGAUUCCACUUUUGAACUUGUGAGAUAACUCUUAUGAAUUAUGAUAAAUUUAACUUGUUAGAAAUG